AUGCCUCAGGGUGAUGUCUUAGCACCUGAACCUGAAACAAAGAAGAUUACUCAGAUUAAUCCUAUUGACGAGGUACUUACCGCUGACGUUAUUCAAGACAUGCCUCCGCGUGAUGUUGUCUUUGCGCCCGAACCUGAAAUAAAGAGAUUACUCAGAAUACUUCUAUUGACGAAGUACUUACCGCUGAUGUUAUCCAGGACAUGCCAAGAUUACUCAGACUACUUCUCCUGA